GAAAUGGGUCACCGGCCACAGGUCCUCCCCGGAUCCCUCUCUAACACCUCCAACGACCUUCAUUGAUUAUGCAUUGAUUGAAGGUAGCUAUAAACUAUUACAGCCUCAACUAGUUUAAUCAAAGCAAAUAUUAAUACAUACAGAACUAGUACAAAUGAUACAGCCUCGCCCUCUUCUACCUCUCUCACAGUGAAAAUAUCGCUCUCACAGUGAAAAUGAUACGAGCAGUCCGUAUCGACCAACAGCGGAAUUGAGUUUUUUUCUAAUAUAACAUUAAUGAAACAAAUAUAUAUUUGUAUAAAGCUUAACAAAAAGUUAUUACCCAUAUAAUACUUCACGCCAGUCAGUAUGGACUGACAACGGAAUUUGCCACAAAACAGACGGUUUGAGUGGACGUCGCUAGUCCUGUAUGCGCGUGAACAUUGACUUGCCUUCGUUUUGGUCUUCCUGCUCUCAGUCUCUGUCUCUCACUCCCUCUAAAUACUUUCAACUGUGAAGUGCUUCAGGGCACUCAACAAUGGAUACCAGAGCUCUCGUUGUUUCAUCUCUCUCUCUAUUCAUUCUCCUUUUUCAUUCUGGUCUCUGUCUGCAACAUAAGGUACAAGAACUCAGUGACGACUCUGUAGCUGCAGCAAAGAGAGAAGCAUUGGAAAUAAUCAUCGGUGGAGGUGGUUAUCCAGCUCCACCUUCAGAAACCCAAGAAUGUCCACCUCCACCGCCCCCUCCUGAACCCAUAUGCCCACCACCAUCGUCUCCUCCACCACCACCACCACCACCACCGUCUCCUCCUCCUCCUCCACCUCCACCUCCACCUCCACCUCCACCUCCACCUCCACCUCCAGCACCGAAACCAACACCAACACCAACACCAAAACCAAAUCCUCCAAAACCUUCACCAACCCCAUUUGGCCCGUUUGAGAGCAAAAGGAUCGCAAUCGUGUUCCCUGUGAUUCAGAAAUUCAAACUGAAAAUCAAAGACGACCCGAAUGGCUACAAAAAGACAUGGGUCGGCCCCGACAUUUGCAACAAAUACAAAGGCUUCACGUGCGAGUUUCUCCCUAAAACAAAGACCAAAGCAUUAGCCGGAGUAGACUUCAACGGCGCUAACUUCGGCGGCAAAGACCUUGCCCUCCCAGGCUUCCUUGACAAAUUGCCUGAUUUAGCAUUCUUUCACGCAAACUCCAACAAUUUCACGGGUCAAAUGCCGGAAAACAUCGUCAAAUUGCCAUACCUGUACGAGAUCGAUGUCAGCAACAACAAAUACGUCGGCAAAUUCCCCAAAUCAGUUCUUGAUGUCAAGUACUUGUCCUUCUUGGAUCUCAGAUUCAACCAAUUUAAUGGUUCGGUUCCGUCACAAGUAUUCAAUCUAAAUCUCGAGGCACUCUUCCUCAACAACAACCAAUUCGACCAAAAUCUCCCUUACAAUCUCGGAUCCACAACGGCUCUGUAUCUCACCCUCGCCAACAACAAGUUCACCGGUCCGAUCCCGAUCAGCAUUGGGCGAGCACCGAAGCUAAUCGAGGUCCUCUUCUUGAACAACAAACUCUCAGGUUGUUUGCCGUACGAGAUAGGCUUCUUGAGGAACUCCACAGUGUUUGAUGUGGGCAUGAACCAGUUGACAGGCCCAAUACCAUGCUCAUUUGGGUGCCUGUCCAAAAUGGCCCUGUUAAACCUGGCCCAAAACCAAUUCUAUGGGCCUGUGCCUGAGCUAGUGUGUAAUCUGGCCAACUUAGUGAACUUCUCACUGUCCUACAAUUAUUUCACUCAAGUUGGGCCACAAUGCAGGAAGUUGAUAAAGAAGAAGAUUCUAGAUGUUAGAAUGAACUGUAUUUUGGACCUUCCAAAUCAGAGGUCUAAAGAGGAUUGUGCUGCAUUCUUCUCCAAGCCCAGAAACUGCCCCAGGAAGAAGUCAUAUAAGUGGGUUCCUUGUAAGAAGGAUGGGUAUCUGAACUCAUCAGCAACCAUUGAAGCACCUCAACUACCACAAGCACAGCCAGUGGCUUCACCUCCUUUGUCUUAUAGUGCACUUAGCCCACAUAGGUUGUGAUUCUUGUUCUCUAUGGAUCAUAGGCCCAUCAAAAAUAGUGAUGGUGGUGCUGCUGGUAAUUCCCUCUGUUUUAGUGUGUUUAUUUUCCCAUUAAUGUUUGUGUUUGUGAUUAUAAGCAAGAGUCCUUUAUUUAGUUGUUAAUUUAUAUUCAGUUAUUUGAUCA